UUCACGAGUAAAAAUGGCCACGAAAGGGUUGCUGCUGUUGGUUUCUCUGGUCCAGCUGGCCAGCGUAAGCGGCGAGGGCGGCAUGGUGCACCGGCGCUUCGAGUACAAAUACUCGUUCAAACCGCCCUACUUGGCGCAGAAAGAUGGCACGGUUCCGUUCUGGGAGUAUGGUGGCCAUGCAAUCGCAAGUUCGGAGAACGUUCGCAUUGCGCCUUCCCUGCGCAGCCAGAAGGGAGCCAUUUGGACGAAACAGAGGACGAAUUUCGAUUGGUGGGAAGUGGAGAUCGUGUUUCGGGUGUCCGGUCGUGGCCGUAUCGGUGCUGAUGGUUUGGCAUUCUGGUACACGGCAGAGAAGGGUAGCUACGUUGGAGACGUUUUCGGUGCGUCGGACCGUUGGGUUGGUUUGGGUCUUUUCUUCGAUUCGUUCGAUAACGACAACAAGCACAACAAUCCAUACAUUUCGGCCGUCCUCAACGACGGCACUCGCAAUUUUGACCAUCAAAAUGAUGGCGGAACUCAGCUGCUGUCCGGCUGUUUGCGGGACUUCCGCAACAAGCCUUUCCCGACGCGUGCCAAGAUCGAGUACUACAACAACAUUCUUACCGUGCUGUUCCACAACGGUAUGACGAACAACGAUCAAAACUACGAAAUGUGCUUCCGGGCGGAAGGUGUGAUGCUCCCGAAGGCUGGCUACUUCGGUCUGUCCGCCGCCACCGGUGGCCUUGCCGAUGAUCAUGACGUGUUCCAUUUCCUCACCACCUCGCUGCACACGCCGGGGCAGUUCAAGGAAGAGCCGGCACCUGGCGAAGAUGCGGCCAAGCUAACCCAGGAAUACCAGGACUAUCAGAAGAAGCUGGAACUACAGAAAGAGGAGUACCGUAAGGAGCAUCCGGAUGAGCACAAGGACGAUCUGGACAGUCUGUUUGAGGACUUUAACGAGCGUGAGCUGCGUCAGAUUUGGGAGGCGCAAACGAACACCUUCGAACAGUUGCGCACGUUGAGCAACAAACUCGACGAGGUGAUAGGACGCCAGGAGCGAACGCUCGGUUUGCUUUCUGUGUCCGCACCGCAUGGUGGGGCCGCCGGUGGCGUUCCACCAGCGCAGAUUGCGGCUGGCGCUGGAGCUGGUUCGAUAAUGCGGCACGAGGUCGAUACUCUGCUGCAAAAUCAAAACCUCGUGGUGCAGACCGUGCGAGAAAUUCGUUCGAUCAUCGGCGAGGUACAUGCACGCACGGACAGCAUUCUGAACAAUCAAGCGCGCGCCCCAACGGCACAGAUCCAGGGCGGUGGGUACGAUAUCCAAAGUUUGAUGGCCGAAAUGCGCGACGGUAUGAACCAGGUCCGGCAAGGUGUUGCUGGUGUGUCACAGAGGCUGCAAGGUGGUCAACCACCGCUGGCGCAAGGUUCGGGACCCUGUCCAACGCAGAACUGCCUCAGUAUGACCACCUUCCUGGUGGUGAUAGUCGUGCAACUGCUCGUGAUGCUUGCCUACAGUUUGUACAAAGGUAGCCGGGAAGCGCAAGCGAAAAAGUUUUACUAGAUGUACCACCAAGUCGAAGGAUCGUCAGUGUUGAUUGGUUCACCAAGAAAGCCUACUUAGAUCAAACCACUGUCGUCAACUGUGGUAACUUCGGAGUGAUGCGUGAGAUCAUUCCAACGGCCCAUAUUCACCAAAAGAACAGCGACCAGAGCGCCGUGCAGCUUCACACUGUGACAGAGUCCCAUUGUCCGCCGUCUGAAGCUGGGCUACUGAGAACGAUUGUCCCGUUCUCGGCGGCAGAACAAGUGGUAAAAGUAGUCUUAUUUUAAAUAUACAGUCGUUUUCGUUUUCGUCCGUUUGCUUUUAUAGUAAAAUUUUCAUUUAGAAUGACACCGUGGUGUGCUUGCAAAAAGCAAAAAACUAGAAAAACAGACAAGUGUUAACAAAAUCAUACGUAUGAGUUGUGUAUGUGUGUGAGUGUGUAUUCAAGAAAAAUAUGCGAACGAUGAUCAAGUUUUCAUAGUGUCGGAGGUGAUGAAAGUUCACAAUCGAAGGUUGUACCGGUAUUAAGGGCAUCCGCACGGUAAACGGUUUGUUGAAUGUAGGUAGAGAAUUAUGUUGAAUGCGUUGAGGGUUGUAUUGCAGAUUUUUAUUGGUCGCUGCUCGAAACAGAUUAUUCCAUGCGACAAACACGAGUCGACAGCAUUAGUUAGUCAUUUGUUCGAACCACAAACUUAAAGUGCGCGAAAGAAGGCCUCACUGCAGAAUCGGGAUGAUUAUAGUUUUAGUUCCUCAAAGUAACUUCGGCGCACUUUCCUUCCUAGAAUUGGAGCUAGUUCCGAUUGACUGAUGAAAGCCGAAAUGGACCUUUCUAAAUACCUUUCCUGUAUCGUUUUGAGUUGAACUUAAUGUACACUGUCGAUCACACACAUUUUCCAUACUUGGUCAGAGGGUUUCUAACGUACCGAUUUUGUUGUCUCCACAACUACAAACAGGAAUUUCUUAUACAAACUGAGAAAAAGAAAAUAAAACAUUU